AUGUCGUUGGACGAGUCGAUGCAAAGCACAGAAAGCGGCUUGGUGCAGACGAACGAAGCUGCUCCGGCCAGCACGACUCAGAUCGUGAGCCGCGUCGUGUACCCUCGUUUACUAGGCAAUCUUCCGGGAGCAAACCUACCGCAGUAUGCGCACGAAAUGACUCGCGAAGAUGAAGAUACUAUGAAGCAGAGCUGCUAUCAGGACGGACACGGCUUCGUCCAAUACGCCCUUGUAGCGUGGAUAAUGAUCGAGUACAAACACGAUCCAAUUGUUUCAUUUCCUGUUGCUAGCAAGGUCGCCAAAGAAACCGCUGAAGAAGUCAAGGCCGCGAUAAGUGCAGUGAUCAAUCCAUCGCUAAAAACAACACACAACUUAGAGCUGUGGGACCUACUGGAGGUUGCAUUUACGCAACUCCAGUAUCGUGGAAACGCGCACAUAUUAUUUCGCCAAUACGUCGAGCGGUGCUGGAAGCAAUACACAGGACACCCAGGUGACUAUAAGGCGCCGUAUGUGUCAAUCGUACAGAGCUCCGGAUUUGGUAAAAGUCGGCUAUUACGGGAGCUGUCUUUGCUUACGAGUGCUGAGCUUCAUGGAACGAUGCGGGUGCUCUACACUUGUACGCGGGUGGGUCAGUCGAGUGGGUUUCCAGAAGCGACGAAAGGGUUCCGAAAUUGGCUUUUUGGUGAUUACCAGACUCUUGCGGGGAUGACGUCGUGUCUGGAGACAAUAUUCUACUACGCUCAACAGAAUUGGGCGAGUGUCGGUGUAGAAUGGCUGGAAUUGUUUACGACCAGUGAUAACGAUGCAAUCGAGGCGUUAAAUAAAGCUGAGCGAAUCACGAUGGUCUGCGCGGUACGAGUGGCUUCAAUGCUGUGUCGACUUGGAUUGCGUCCCCAUUCGAGCUCGUCCCUGGCGCCUCGCGUCGUUGCCGACUUUAUGGCGAUUCUAGCUUACCUGAAUUAUGAAAGUGAUGGAUGUUUGAGUAGUUUCUCGUCGGACCCGGUGCUGGCGCUGGGAGCGACGAAGGUGUGGUACAACUGUAAGCCUGCAUUGGCGAAUUGUAUCCUGCCGCAGCUCAAGAAGUUGCUUCUGAACGAGAUGCUGGAUAUCUUUGGUGUUGACGAGACGAGGGGACAACCAACAGACGACGCAAGAGCAAAUGAUUCAUUCAUUAACUGGAAGUCCAAGUGGGCAGACUGGCAGUUAGGGUUCUGCCAUUUCGUUCAGCUAUUCUCCGAGCCAACAGAGGAUAUGCUGUGGGUGUUAUUGGGACGUCGAGCCGCACCAGCAACGCAGGUUGUGUCCAAUGAGCAGAGAAAACACGGGAAUCAACUUCACGACCAAUCGCCGACCAACGCCGCGGCUGCGCACUUCGAAGUACUUGUCGCCGACAAGAGCGUAGUACUGUACAAGCGGGUAGGUAGUCAAGCUGAACACGCCAAUAAGCGUGAUGCUGAGCCGGAUUAA